UCUUUUUGUUUUUCCUCCUCGUGUUCUCCGUCUUCCCCCAAUUCAAAGCAAAAGAAACCCUAAUCUUUGUGUCUUUCUUUUUCUCUCGCCAGGCAUUGAGGAUUGGAACUCCAAUGGGUCGGCUUCCGCAUGGCGGAGGUCCUGUCUUCCGCUUCACCUCCGGCGAGGUUGUUGAGAUGGAAAUCAUGUUGCAAGACUUAAACUAUGUAAUUCCUAGUCGAGAGGCUAUAUGCGCCCUUGCAGCAAAGUUCAGUGCUUCUGCGGACCGAGUUGGAAAGAACGUCGUGCAGCCAAAACAGGUGUGGAACUGGUUUCAGAAUAGGAGAUAUGCUCAAAGAACCAAAUUGAUUAAGCCACCUGAAAAAUCAAGCACCACUCCUGUUCCCCAGGAUGAUAUAGUUUCUUCUACAAAUUUAGUUGACUUCUUUUCUUUUCCAUCAGGGUUUAUUUCUCCAGAUACCAUGCAGAUGGAGUUUGAAGCAAAAUCUGCCAGAGAUAAUGCAUGGUAUGAUGUUUCAGCAUUUAUUGGCCUUAGGGUGGGUGAAACAGGUGAUCUGGAAGUUCGAGUUAAUUUUUCGGGCUUUAGUAUCGAAGAAGAUGAGUGGGUCAAUGUGCACAAGUGUGUGAGACAGCGGUCUCUUCCUUGUGAAGCAUCAGAAUGUGUUGUAGUGCUUCCUGGAGAUCUCGUACUAUGUUUUCAGGAAGGUAAAGAACAGGCCCUCUAUUUUGAUGCUCAUGUGCUUGAUGCACAAAGACGAAGACAUGAUGUUCGUGGAUGCCGUUGUAGGUUCUUGGUCCGAUAUGAUCAUGAUCAAUCUGAGGAAAUAGUGCCACUGAGAAAAGUCUGUCGACGUCCUGGGACUGAUUAUCGUCUGCGAGGGAGAACGUUAGGACAUGUUGACCAGCAUGCAAUGGCAAUGGAUUCUACUCUCGCUGCUUUUCCGAAUGAUCCUGAUUUAAAAGCAUGUCAGCCCCGGAGUUAGCGAGCCCUAAUGCACGUUAAACAGUGCAGACAUGGUAGCAAUGUUGAUCAAACCACUAGCCAACUGGUGAAAAUUGGUUGUGGCUUAGGAUAUAUAAGUUAACUUGUGAUUGAAAAAAGAUGAUGUGUUUUUAUCAUAUGUAUUAAUGUAUAUUGUCUAUUAGUUAUGCCCCAUUUUGGUUGUAGACAGUGUAAAAACUCUUUGCUUUUAUGUAUAUAUAUGGAAA